AUGUCCACAAUGACUUCCAGGACCACAAGCCAUUUUGCGGCCACCACGCCUUCUCCGCCCACAAGAGCCCCAAAGCCCAGCAUGUCUCCAGCGUCCACUGGACCCUCGAUGCCCACAGCGUCUCCCAAGCCUCCACCCUCCUUGAAGAGCACCAGAUCGACAAUGCCCAACAGCUCCCCAGUGCCCACCAAGCCAUCGAGAGCCCCCAACUCAGUCACAAGCCCAGGCAGUUCCAAGUCUCCCAAAUGGGCAAGUACAAAGGCAGCCCCUUCUAGCCAGUCCUGCGGCAAGUCCCGAGUCCACAGCAGGGCACAAACGCCUAGCAAAGCCAGCACCGACACCAGGGCCAGCAAAGCGAGCGAGGCCAGCGGGGUAAGACACCGGCGCAGAGGCACACGCAGCCGGGGUAGAACUCCGGACAGAAGGGGAAGCCGCAGCUCCAAGAGGUCAGCCAACAGGGCCAGCACUCCCAGCAGGAUGAGAACUCAUGGUGCCAGAGCAGCUACGCCCAGCAGGGUGAGAACUGCCACUUCCCAGCAAAAACAAAGUUCCAGCCGGCCUAGAACCAACAAUCGGGAAAGGAGUAGGAGCCAGCCUAGACACAAGAGCAGAAAGAAGAGCUACAGCCCACCAGGAGCCUCGGGUCCGGGGAAGAGUUCCAGCCUGGCUGUAGCCCCCAGCAGGGCCAAGAGUUAUAGCCCCACAAGAACUCCCUUCAAGGAGGAUGGUCACAGCCGGCCUCCAGCGUCACCGAGGAGGGUGAAGAGUUACAGUCAGAUGAUUACCCCCAGCAGGGAAUGGAGUUACAGCCCAACUCAAGAGUCCAGCAAGGUCGAGAGUUACCACCAAGGCAGUGUGCCCAGCAGCCCCCAAAGUCGCAGCCAGUCUAGGAUGCCCAGAAGGGCAAGAAGUCGCAGUCGGGAGAGGGCCCACAGCAGGUCGAGAAGUCACAGUUGGAAGAGAAAUCAUAGUAGGGCAAGAAGUCGUACCCGGAAGGCCACUCCCAGUCGGAUGGGAAGACAUAGCCAGUCUAGAAUCUACAGCAAGGGGAAAAACUGUAACCCAUCUAGAACCCCCAGAAGGGAAAGAAGUCACAGCCAAUCUAGAACCCCGAGCAAGGAGAGAGGCUACAGCCGGUCUAGAACCCCCAGCAAGGAGAGAGGCUACAGCCAAUCCAGAACCCCGAGCAAGGAGAGAGGUCGCAGACGCUCUAGAACCCCCAGCAAGGACAGAGGCCGCAGACCCUCUAGAACCCCCAGCAAGGAAAGAGAUCACAGUCCAUCUAGAACUCCCAAAAGAGAGAGAGAUCACAAGCAAACUAGAACUUCCAGCAAGGAAAGAUAUCACAGCCGAUCUAGAACUCUCCAAAAAGAGAGAAAGCACAGACGAUCUCAAACCUCCAGCGAUGAGAGAGAUCACAGCCAAAUUAGAACUUCCAGUAAGGAGAGAGAUUACAGCCAAUCUAGAACCCCUAAGAAAGAGAAAGAUCACAGGCAAUCUGAAACCUCCCAUGAGGAGAGUGAUCACAGCCAAAUUAGACCCUCCAGCAAGGAAAGAGAUUACAGCCAAGCUAGAACCUCCAGCAAGGAAAGAGAUCAAAGCCAAUCUACGACAUCUAGCAAGGAGAGAGAUCACAGCAAGACUAGAACCUCCAGCAAGGAAAGAUGUUACAGCCAAUCUAGAACCCCCAGAAAGAUGAGAGACCACAGCCAAUCUGGAACUUCCAGCAAAGAGAGCAAUGCCAGCCAAUCUACAACCCCCAGGAGUCUCAGCAGGAAGGGAUCCCCUAGCAGGGCACAGAGUCCUCAUCAGAAUAGAACACCUAGUAAGACAAGGACCCACUCCCCCUCAAGAUUUCUCAGCGUGGCCCUAAUCCCAAAGCAGGAUGGGUUUCAAGCCAACACCACAUCUAAGGCCAUCUCACCUGGAGAAAGGUCCUCAUCAUCUUCUUCCAAGCUGGCGUAG